AUGAGUGUUGCAUCCCUACCAGAAUGUGUCAAAAACAUGUUCCCAACUGAACAAUUGGAGUUCUCCUCAUCAAUUACUGCCGAAGAGAAGCCGGUUCUUCACGAGGUAUUCCAAAAGCAUGCAUGUUUCUCUCAAUGUGGCGAAAUGAUUCAAGAAGUUUCAAAGAAACACCCGGAUUUAGGAAACCGUUUGGCCAAUGUGCUCGAGGGAAAUAAGAGACGUUUGGAAGGACUAUCUCCUUCUGCCAUUGAAUAUGCUAAGAAGCUCAUUCACAUGGUUACUCAUACUCUUUGCUCCUUAACAACUGGGAAACCAAUUGACGAUGCUGAGGCAAAACGACUUCAUCAGGAGUUCCAGACGUUGUCUGCGGAAGAUCAAGCUGCUUUGAAAAGAAAUAACCCAGAUAUCAAAUUUUAA